AUGGCCGAGGCUGAGCCAUUAACAGAGCUUGUACAAGCACUAGAGCAAGCAACCCUAAUGGCAAAGCAACUCCCCACCACCGCAGACCCCACCCACCUCCAUCACAUCUACUCCUCCCUCCACCACGCCCACCAACGCCUUUCCUCCUUCCUCUCCCUCCCCUCCCAGCCACCGCCGCCGCCGCCGCCGGAGCCGAUGCAGGUGGGUGAUGAAUGGGAAGACGAAACAGAGGUGACUUCAAAGGACCCAAUUGACAAAGUUGAGGAGCGAAUGAGGGAUUGUUAUAUUCAAAACAAGAGACGGAAGAGACCGCUGUCGCCAUCAUCUGUGGCAGAGCCCAGGAAGUAUGCGGCAGAGGUUGCCGGGUUCGACGCCAGGGAAUCAAGGUUGAAGGCUCUGGAUCUUGUGUAUCAGUUUCACGGUUGAGACUUGAGAGAAUGAAAACAGAGGACAAAAACAGAGCAAAACAGGGGAGUUUUUGAUACUUACAUUGUUAGUACAAACGAAUUGAGAAUGAUUAUUGAAAUAAUUGAGUUCAAGCUGUGUUUUGUUGGUUGUAGAAUACCUGGAUUGAAUAAGAACAUCAAUGAAUUCAUUAACCCAAAUUGGGUUGAUUCCA